AUGUCCACAACAGACCCCGUCCUCUCCGACCUCUGCACAAUCUGCCACAUCCAACCACCCAAAUACCGCUGUCCCCGCUGCUCAACCCGCACCUGCUCCCUUCCCUGUUCCCGCCGCCACAAACUCUGGUCCCAGUGCAGCGGCGUCCGCGAUCCAGCCGCUUACCUGAAGCGAAGCGAGCUUGCGACGGAAUCGGCCUUUGAUCGCGAUUUUAAUUUCAUUACGGGGAUUGAGCGCACGCUGGAGCGCGCGGAGCGGGAUGCCGAGAAUCGGGGGAUUUCGGUACAAUCGGGGUUGUCUGGACGAGGGGUGGAUUUGAGCGUUGUUGGGUUGGAUGAGGAGAUUGAUACUAGUACUGGGGAGGAGGGUAGGAAGAGGAGGAGGGUGGAGGGGCCUGCGAAGGGGGUUUUUGCGAGGGGGGAGGUUGGGUUUAUGAGAGGGGCGGAGCAGUCUGGGGUUACUGUUUUGAGGGCGCCGAGGGGGAUGAGUAGGAACAAGGAGAAUGGCUCCAAGUGGUUGGCUAAGACUAAGUGUUUGAACUGGACAGUUGAGUGGAUUGCGUCUGAUGGGGAGAGGAGGCAUAGGUUUUGCUUGGAGUCGUUAACGCUAGCUGAGGCUUAUGAUCGGUCUUUUCCUCGUCCGAAGGAGGAGCGCGAGCAGAAGAAGAGAGAGAAGAGCCAGUCGGAGCAACAAGUGGAUGUCAAUUCAUCGACAGAGCUACCUGAUACCCACGAUCCUACGCCUUCUACCUCACAAGCCCCAUCUCAAGAAGUAGUACCCAUCACCGAGAGCAAAGAACAACCGGACAACACGCCAGAGGUGCAGACCAAUCAGCCAUCUACACAACCGACAGAGGAGAUCUUCUCCCACCGCGACCUCUUCUUCUACCUCCAUCGUCCCCGGACUAGCACAAGACAGCCCGUGCUCGUCCCUCUCUCGCCCAAUGCUACCCUCACCUCCGCUCUUCGCGGCCGCACGGUUCUAGAAUUCCCGACUAUCUACGUACUAUCAGACUCACCGGAGACCGUAUCAGGAGACGAGAAGUCAAAGUUCCUCCUCGAAAGGGACUAUCUACGCGCGCAGCCUGAGGGCAAACUCGAGUCGGGUGAAACCCCUGAAACGGACGACGAACAACAGGCGCCCGGGACCGUGGACAUUUCGAACCUAGAUGAGGAAAAGGUGUUGGAGGUCUUGAAGAAAGACUUAUUUGAGCCAGUUGGGGCCGCAGGGCAAUAA